AUGGCCAGUAUGAGGGCGUCGUAUUCCGCGACCAUUCGAGUGCAUAGCAUCACCCGCGCAGAGGAUUGUUUGUCAGCUGACAACGUCAACAUCCAAACAGCUGUCCGAAACAGGCAGCGUGUUGCUCGACGGCUGGAGCAGCGAACCCUGCCGGUUCUAGAGUACUGUCUGCGCGAUGACCCGUUUGAGGCAAAUGUCAAGACGGAUCUGUUUGCCCUGGGUUGCACGAUUUACUUCAUCAUGACCGGUCAUGCCGUGUUUCCUGAUGUGGUUGACGGGGAGGAGGCUUGGCAUGAGACUAUCGAACGUCGAUUUAGGGACCGGGAGUUCCCGCAGGACCGACAUGUGUGCGAUGUAGUUACUGGCAAGUGCUGGAACAUGGAAUACGAGGCUGCAGAGGAUGUGGUGCCGGAUUUGGAGAGUCUGGAAGGUGUGCAUGUCUCCGAGGAUGGAUCUGAGCUUCGUCUCCCUUGA